CUGCAGCCAAGCAUGGAGAAGUGACAUCGCAAGACAGCCCUGCUUCUCUCGAGGAAAUGCUCAGUCAGGGUGGUGCCUCCGCGGCCCGGGGUCCCACGGCUGGUCAGCGUCCGUCCCUGAGGGCUUCGGUAGCCUGCCGUCCUGGUUGGACAGCGAGCAUUACACUCUGGUUUUUCCUGCUGCCUGGCUAGUGACCCCCUACAGGAAGAUAACGGGGAGCCAGGAGGGCGGAGCUGGUGGCUGCACAUGUCUGGCUGCUGUUAUCAACUUAUCAUAUAAGGAAAGGAAAGUGAUUGAUUCGGAUAGCGACACCGUAGAAUCGGGGGAAGAGAAACAAAGAGACAUGAGAGCUGCUGUCUGACGCCGGUGCAGCCUUCCCGAGUGAGCAGGACUCCAGCCCGCUGCCAUCUGACAGUGCUCUGCGUGCCCGGAGAGAAGUCCGCCCUGAAACCAAGCCUGCGGCUGGAGGGGAGGAAAAGGCAGGCUGUCACCCAUGGACUCGGCCAUGCCGCACAGCCCUGCCUGCUAGACGGCCGCUCAGGACUCUGGACUCACAUGCGCCUGGAAGUCUGCUGAGCUGGUGGUUUACUACCCAAAGCAGGAGAAUGUGGCAGAUUGUUUUUUUUACUCUGGGCUGUGAUCUCGUCUUGGCGGCAGCCUACAACAGCUUUCGGAAGGGUGUGGACAGCACUGGCAGAAAGCAGUACCAGGUCCAGCACGGGCCCUGCAGCUACACCUUCCUGCUGCCAGAGACAGACAGCUGCCGCUCUUCCUCCAGCCCCUACGUCUCCAAUGCCGUGCAGAGGGAUGCGCCCCUGGACUACGACGACUCGGUGCAGAGGCUGCAGGUGCUGGAGAACAUCAUGGAGAACAACACUCAGUGGCUGAUGAAGCUGGAGAACUACAUCCAGGACAACAUGAAGAAGGAGAUGGUGGAGCUGCAGCAGAACGCGGUGCAGAACCAGACGGCCGUGAUGAUCGAGAUCGGCACCAACCUCCUCAACCAGACCGCCGAGCAGACGCGGAAGCUGACCGACGUGGAGGCCCAGGUGCUAAACCAGACAACAAGGCUUGAACUUCAGCUUCUGGAACAUUCCCUGUCUACAAACAAAUUAGAGAAACAGAUUUUGGACCAGACCAGUGAAAUAAACAAACUGCAGGACAAGAACAGCUUCCUAGAGAAGAAAGUGCUGGACAUGGAGGACAAGCACACGCUGCAGCUGAGGUCCAUGCGGGAGGAGAAGGACCAGCUGCGGGUCCUGGUGUCCAAGCAGAGCUCCGUCAUCCAGGAGCUGGAGAAGCAGCUGGUCACCGCCACCGUGAACAACUCGGCCCUCCAAAAGCAGCAGCGUGACCUGAUGGAGACGGUGCACAACCUGCUGACCAUGGUGUCAGCGUCCGGCCCUAAGAACUCUAUUAUUGCUAAAGAAGAACAAAAUGUUUUCAGGGACUGUGCUGAAGUAUUCAGAUCGGGCCUCACCACCACUGGCGUCUACACACUGACAUUUCCCAACUCCACGGAAGAGAGAAAGGCCUACUGCGACAUGGAAACAAGUGGCGGCGGGUGGACUGUCAUUCAGCGCCGCGAGGACGGCAGCGUCGACUUCCAGAGGUCGUGGAAAGAGUACAGAGCGGGCUUCGGCGACCCUUCGGGAGAGCACUGGCUGGGGAAUGAGCUCGUCUCACAGCUGACCAACCAGCAGCGCUACGUGCUCCGGAUACAGCUGCGUGACUGGGAGGGGGGCGAGGCGACCUCGCUGUACGAGCACUUCUACCUCUCCAGCGAGGAGCUGCACUACAGGAUUCACCUUAAAGGACUUUCAGGCACAGCCGGCAAAAUAAGCAGCAUCAGCCAGCCAGGAAAUGACUUUAGCACAAAGGAUGCAGACAACGACAAAUGUAUCUGCAAAUGCUCACAAAUGCUAACAGGAGGCUGGUGGUUUGAUGCGUGUGGCCCUUCGAACCUGAACGGAAUGUACUACCCACAGAAGCAGAACACAAAUAAAUUCAAUGGUAUUAAGUGGUACUACUGGAAGGGGUCAGGCUACUCGCUUAAGGCCACCACCAUGAUGAUUCGACCCGCGGAUUUCUAAAUGCCCAUGCAUACCCCAGGACUGCACUGGACUCUUCCAACAGCUCACCCCAAAGCACUGAAAGGCACAGCUGCACUCUGUCCCUCGCCUGAGACAACUCGGGUGCCGACGGACCCAAGCCCCAGACAAGAGUCUCAACAUCAUCACUGAAACCCGCACCAUGAACGAGCCAAAGCAAAACCCAGUCUAGCAAGGACCUGGCAUCGUGGUCUGGUGGACACCUAUGCGAAGAUGAAUUCGCGGUUGAGAGACUGACGAUUUACAGACUCUGCUGUCACAACCAAGAAUGUCAUGUUCGAGUUUAUCAGUAAAUAACUGGAAAACAGAACACUGUGCUAUAUAGUAGAGAUAGUCUUGGAACUGAUCUUCUAAGCACUGUUUAUGGGUUGUGUAAAUAUCCCCUGUCCUGAAUUCUGCAUCACUAUCACAGUUGCAAGGAAGACAAUCUAAGCCAUAAAAACACACCAUAUAUUCAGGGAUUUUCUCCUAAGUGUUUAUUAACAGUUUAAUAUUUGGAAAAACAGUGCAUUUUUACUCCUCUUAGCUACUUUAAAUUUACAUUGCAAAAAUAGUGCAUUUACUAAUCUGUUGACAGCUUAGUCUUAAGUUAAUGCUCAAAUACAUAUUUCAAAUUUAUAUGGUGAAAAUGUCCAGGAUAUCUGAAAUUACUAAUAGAAGUUGUGUGCCAUUUUAGUUUCUAUGAAGAUUGUACUAUUUUUUUCUUGCCUGGCUGUUAAUAUGAAGGUAUUUUAGUAAUUAAAUGUAACUUAUUAGGUGAGAUAACUUUUAUAAUAAUAUUUACAAUUUUGUAAUUUGGUUACAAAGUACCUGUGCCUCAUUACAAGGAAAAGUUUGAUUUUCAAUGAAGAAAAUUAUGCACUUUACUAUCUUCUCAGACUUUAGGAUCCUACUUCUCCGUAUUCUAAUACAGACACAUAUUUUCUCUUCUAGUAAGCUCUAUAUUAGAAAGUGAAGUCCAAUUUAAUUUGUGGUUGAGAAAAACAUUCCAUUUAAGACAUUUACGAAGUUAUAGACUCACCUCUGAAUUUAUUUAAGGAAAAAAUAAUUUGCAUUAGUGUUCAUCAGCAAACUGAAAAAAAAAAGUGUUCUAGAAUGCAAAAAUAAAAUCUGAUGUUCACAGAAUACGCAAAUGUUUAUAGAACAUUUUACGAACACAGCAUUAUGCGCACAACUGCAAAACCCUACAUCCCACGGUUUUAAUUCCUGUUAAGUUUU